AUGAAGUUCAUUAGAAUUAAAUCUUUUUUCCUUACAAUUUCAGUAAUUCAGUCACUUAUUUCAGGAGAUGUACUUGGUGGAUUUAUCUCUUUGUUUUGUUUGAUAGGUUUCUUCUUUUGCUGGAUAUGUUAAUGCUGUAAGUACAAUUAUUAAAGAGGAACUAUAACCAAUAAAUGCUCUUGUGAAAUUAAUAGACUAAUUUGUAAGAAAAAAACUCCUGGAUUUAAGAAAGAAAAUUCAGAAUUAGUCAGGGCAACCUAGAGAGGAAUUAUCAGCCUUCCUAAUUAUGAAAUAAUUAGGAUAGUUGCUUAGAAUAAUAAUCCUAUUGCGGAUUGCAAUAUUCCAAUAGUUAUGGGUUAACCAGAAUUGCAACAGACUGAAUUAUUUCCGAAUCCAGUAUUUGUGAACUCAAACUAACCAAUGUUCUUGAAUAGCUAGCCAAUCUUUCCUCCCAGUAAUAAUGAAAAUACCUAUGAAACUAAGAUAGAAAAUAAUUAAGAUACUAAUAUGAUUGUUCAAAAAAACACAAUAAUGCAUGACAAUGAAAAAUAGCAGAAGUAUAACAUAGCUCAAUUUCCUAUAAUAACUCAUGACAAUUAGAGUAGCAAUAGUAAUUAAUUGGAUAGCAUAAACAAGAAUUCUAAAAAUUAAGACACUAAACAUGAACAAGAACAGUAAUAACCAUAAUCUAUUACUAUAAAUAGAUAAGUAGAUCACAAUAAUGUUUAAUUGAGCAUUAUUCAAAAUAUUAAAGAAAAUAGAGAUAAUUAGCUUUGA